AUGGCAGUCCUGCGAAGGCUGGAAGUCUAUGCCGACGGUAUAAUUGGGGACUGCCAAAGCGGCUUUAUGAGAGGGAAAUCCACCACAUACCCCAUUUUUAUUAUCAGACAAUUGUUAGAAGAGUACUAUGAGUAUGGUAGAGAAGUGCAUCUUUGCUUUGUGGACUUUAAACAGGCGUACGACAGUAUUAUGAGAAAAAAAUUAUGGUCAGCACUGGAAGAAUUUGGUAUACCGACCAAAUUACUCCAGCUAAUAAAAGAGAGCAAUACCGAUACAUACUGUAAAGUAAAAGUUGCGAAUAAACUGCCAGAAAGUUUAGAAGUUAGAGCUGACCUAGGACAGGGAGAUGCGCUUUCCCCUGUACUUUUCAAUCUGGCGUUAGAAAAAGUAAUUAGAUCUCUCCCCGUUAGAUAA